AUGGUACAACCAUCCGUUUUUUUACUUAGGUACCAUAUAUCCUCUACUUUCCAUUCCAUUCAUAAAAUUAACUUUAAAGUUAAAUUCAAACUUAAAUUGGAUUCAUUUUGGAUCCCAUCUCACAACUUUUCCAUUUUGAAUAACAAAUCUUUGAAACUGAAUGUUCCUGAUAAUAACUCCGUAUUAAAACAAAACAUACUCACUUCUAUUAAUAAAAAUAAUCACAAUCGUAACUAUUUUUCCUAUUAUGUCAACAACAACAGUAACAAUAACAAUGACAACAAUAAUAAUAUCGUUCAGUUAAAAAAAUAUUCCAAAUCCCAGUUUUCCCAUUCUCUUCAACCAAUAAAUAAUAGUCGUGAUAAUAGUACAAUCACUAAGAACACUUCUAUACAAAAUAACAAUAACAAUACUACCGCUACCACCACUUCAAGAAAUAAAAAACUUCGCGCAACAUUAGAUAAUGAAAGCAAAGAUUUAUGGAGAUUACUCAAGUUAAUUAAAAAUGAUUGGAGAAUGUUGACUGUGGCUCUGUCUCUUUUGACAUUCUCAUGCGCCAUUGGAAUGGCCAUACCGAAAAUUAUCGGUGUGGUUCUUGACUCUCUUAGAUCAUCCGAUACAAUAGAGUCUUUACAAGAUUUGGUCAUUUGGAAUGGUAUACAUGCUCCAAUGUUUUUUGGUUUGACUUUGGCUGCCCUUUGUAUCGGUUGUAUAGCAAAUUAUGCAAGAGUAAUCCUUUUACGGCUCCUAAGCGAAAGGUUGGUAGUCAGAUUAAGAGCUAAGUUGAUGAAACGUAUCUUACACAUGGAUGCGACCUUCUUUGAUAAAUUUAAAGUUGGAGAUUUGAUGUCUCGUGUAAAUAAUGACGCAUUCCUAGUAUCUAGAUCAAUUACUCAGAGAGUCUCAGAUGGUGUUAAGGCUCUAGUCAUGGGCACAGCAGGCAUAGGAAUGAUGUUCUCUUUAUCAUGGCAAUUAUCCUCUGUUUUACUAAUUAUGAUGGGCCCACCUCUAUUAAUAAGUUCUAAGAUCAUGGGUAGACAUAUUAGAUUGAAUUCUAAAAAAUUACAAGAAUCAACAGCAAAUUUAACAAAAUUGACAGAGGAACAAUUUAAUGGGAUUAAAACAAUUCAAAGUUUUGUAGCAGAAAAUAGCGAAUUACAUAAAUUUAAUCAUUCCAUCAGAGAUAUCUUCCAAAUUGGUAAAAAAUUCGCUUUUAUCAAUGCAAAGUUUUUCACAACUGCUUCAUUGAUCAGUGAUUGCAGUUUCUUAAUUGUGUUAACGUAUGGCUCAUAUCUAGUAUUAAAUGGUUUGCUUACUGUAGGUGAUUUGACUGCUUUUAUGCUAUAUACCGAAUAUACAGGAAAUGCUAUUUUCAAUAUGUCAAAUUUCUAUUCAGAAUUGAUGCAGGGGGCAGGAGCAGCAACGAGAUUAUUUGAAUUGACAGAUUCUGUACCACAAGUACAUUCAACAAGAGGAGCAAAAUUGUUACCUUUAAAAGCAAGUUCAUCAAUAUUUCCGUCUUCUUCUUCUUCUUCUUCCUCAGCCGCCUUCACCUCCACUACAGAAAUUUCUUUGCCUUUAUCUUCAACAAAGAACCCUAAAUCUAAUACCCCAAUGACAGCAGGAUCUGUUGAGUUUCAAAAUGUUACUUUUGCGUACCCUACAAGACCCACUGUGCCAAUAUUUAAAAAUUUAUCUUUUAAAAUCGAAGCUGGCUCGAAUUAUUGUAUUGUCGGACCUUCAGGAAAGGGUAAAUCGACAAUAGCAUGGUUGUUAAUUCGUUGUUAUGAUGUACAGGCCGGUCGUAUUUUAAUUAAUGAACAAAAUAUCACUUCGAUAAACGCCAAAUCUUUACGUAGGAAAGUUGCUAUUGUCCAACAAGAACCAAUAUUAAUGUCAGGAACUAUAAGGGAAAAUAUCACAUAUGGACUAGACUAUACUCCAACAAAGGAGGAAAUUAGAUCUGUUGCCAAACAAUGUUUCUGUCACGGUUUCAUCAGAAAAUUACCAAACACAUAUGACACAAUGAUAGGUCCACAAGGAACUUUAUUAAGUGGUGGACAAAAGCAAAGGAUCGCCAUUGCAAGAGCAUUGAUUAAGAAACCAAGUAUUCUAAUAUUGGAUGAAGCCACAUCCGCUUUAGAUGUGGAAAGUGAAGGUGCUAUUAAUUACACGUUUGGCCAACUGAUGAAAUCCAAAUCCAUAACCAUCAUCAGUAUUGCUCAUAGAUUAAGCACUAUUCGUAGGUCAGAAAAUAUAAUUGUUUUAGGAAACGAUGGGAAUGUGGUGGAAAUUGGUAAAUUUAAAGACUUGUAUGAAGACCCAAACAGUGAACUAUCCAAGUUAUUAAAUGAAAAGAGUCUACCAACAGGCACUAAAUCAAACAACCAUAGCCAUGAUAAUCUGAACUAUGAUAUUGAUAAUAAUGAUCCUCUAGCUGGUAAUGACAAUAUAAUUCAAACAAAUGAUGCAACUGUAGUUAAACAGCAUCAAAAGAAAUACCAAAAAACUUUAAAUGGAGAAGACCGACAACAACAAUCUGAUCACAAAUUAAAUAAAAAUUUAAGAACCACAACAUUACAAGAAUCGAAUAUGACAGAAAAUGCUGAUGUUGAUUCUGAAUUGGCCAGAUUAGAAGAAUUGGAACAAGAAACCAUCAAAGACCUUUUGAAAGAUGUCUCCAAUGAAACACCUAUCAAAUUAACAACAAAUGAAUAA